ACAAUAGAAAGGCCUUAAAAGAAAGGGCAAAACAGAUAACAUAAGAAACGCACUUACAAAACAGAGCAAAGAAAAACAUAACAAACAGAACACAUCAUAAUCAUUUCAAGUCCAAAAACAAAGCAGAAGAGAAAAAAAAGAAAGAAAAAAAGAAGAAAAGAUAGAGAGACUAAUAAAGAGACAAAUUCAAAGAAGAAGAAGAAGGGUUUCGUUGAAAAACACGAUGCAGAGUGAAAGCAACAACAAUAACCAGUUGGUAGUUCAGAAUUCUGGAAGUUUAAGCUUCAGUAGUCACUUGUCUAAGGAAGAUGAAGAGAUGUCAAAAUCUGCUCUUUCAACUUUCAGAGCUAAAGAAGAAGAAAUUGAAAAGAAGAAGAUGGAAGUCAGAGAAAAGGUUCAGCUUCAGUUGGGUCGUGUUGAAGAAGAAACCAAACGUCUUGCUACCAUUCGUGAGGAAUAUCAGGAGCUUGAAGCCCUUGCAGAUCCAAUGAGGAAAGAUGUUUCAAUUGUCCGAAAGAAGAUUGAUUCAAUAAACAAAGAAUUAAAGCCACUUGGUCAUACCUGCCAGAAGAAGGAGAAAGAAUACAAAGAUGCCCUUGAAGCUUUUAAUGAAAAGAACAGGGAAAAAGUACAGCUAAUUACUAAAUUAAUGGAGCUGGUGAGCGAAAGUGAAAAGUUGAGGAUGAAGAAGCUGGAGGAGCUGAGUAAGAACAUAGAUUCCAUGCAAAUGCAAUGAUUUAGCGAAACUGCUAGUGAAUCUGAUCUGAUUGAUUAGUCUUGUGUGGUAUAUUAAAGAUGACAUAGUGUAUUUAUAUAUGUAUGGGUGUCUUGUGAUUGUGUAAUUUUGUGGUGUUGUUAAUGUUUGUUUUAACUAGCAUUUCAUUUGAUAUAAGUGACAUUAGCUAAUUUAGGAGGGUUAUAUACCCUACUACAAACAGGCUUGUAACUAAAUACGUUGAUGCAUUUUCUUGUCAUUUUUUUUUACCUUUUCCGAUUCA